UGAACAACAGGGAACCAAAAAAGGCCUUAGCAGGAGUAACCUACAUCCUGUGCGAAUCUGGGUUACGGAAGGCGUUUCCAUAUUGAGACUGAUAAUAAUGGGAAAUGCACCAUUUCCCAUUAUUAUAUUAUCACAAUGCAUUUCAUUAUACAGAACUGUGCAAAAGUAGUGGGUUAACCCAAUCCUUCUAAAGAGCCAGAGUUUCUGUAUUUAAAAAAAAAAAGAAAGUGAUCUUGAGCAAUAGAUUACUUAAGUUCUCCAGUCUUUCUAAAUUACCAUCUCUGUUUUUGUUUUGAUAUUGGCUGCUUUUUCAUUCAUUUUUAGAUGAGGUGGGCAUCACCAGACACCCCACAUUAUUAUUAUCACAAUAUUUCACUCACAAUAUGAAAUUAAUGUGACUUUUAACAAUUUCCAAUAUGCUGGCCAAGUUUCCUGUUCUACAGAAAUGUAACCAGAAUGCAACCAACAGCCAGCCAGUUGAGUUCAGUCCCCUCAAGUUGUGCUUAUUGACAAAGAUGGCAACAUGUUAGAAAACUGUCUGCAUUUAGAAAAUAAAUUGUAUUUAUUUGCAAACCUUCAACAAUCUCCCUGCAAGUGAUUUUAGGCAAUCCAAGGCAGACAGCGACUUCUUUUGGAAAGUUCACCUCUUAUCAGGCAAACAGUUGAAUGGCUUUGGAACACCCUCAACCAUUUAGUCACCACAAUCUGUCACAGAAUGUGAAGAAACUCAAUACAGUCACCACGCAGCCACUUGUUCUAGAUGCAAUGAGGUUGCUGUCCUAUUUUUGCUGGGGUGUCGAAGCCAUUAGCUUGCUCUGAAUUAGGAGGUAGAUUUGUCAAGUGUGUUGGAUGGGUUUGUUUUUUUUCGUUGAGCCGAUUUAACGUAAGUUUCCUUAGCUAAUGUUAUCUCAGGAGUAGUAUUCCCAGAGUAUUUUAAUUUAUUUAAUAAAAUAUCAAUAUUUGGUGUCCUUGUAUUGACACAAUUUUGCCACACAAAAUAUUGCAAUUUUAAAUUGUGUUGAUUAUUUUCACCCGAUUUUUUAUUUCCAAAUUUUAGCCCAGUCCUUGAACCUGACCAAACUUAGCAAAUAGCCAGUUUUAAAUCAGAGCCUUCUACAUUUUGUUAUUGGCAGCAUAUCGCAAAAGCACACAAUCUGAGUUCUUUAGUCAAUAUACAAAAAUGCCAAAGAUAACAGUUUGGUAGGCAUAAAGUGGUAUUUUCCGCCAACAAAGUGAUUUGUAAAGAGCUAUUAGGUGAAAACUUGGUACAUCUCCACACCAUGUGCAGUCUGUCCCUAAAAAAAAAGUGCUGAAAAAGAACUUGCACUGCUAAAAAAUGGAAUAAUGAACACAGAAAGGUGCCAUCAGAUUGUGGUACCAACAAUACAUCGCAAGCAUCAGAUUGGAGACAGCUUGAUUUUUAAGCACGACAAAAAUCCCAAACACACUGCCAAUGCAUUAAAAGCAGUUUAAAAGGACUUUCAGUAAACCCAUUUUCCUAGCAGAAUACAAAGAAUGAGGGGGGACUCAAGUAUUCUCAGGUUUACUGCUAUUGUAAGAGCUUUGUGUCUUUUGUGUUUUAAAAUUGACUCAGGAAUGACCCAGCAAAGUCAUGAUAUUCAAUACUAUAGCACGCAUUAGGGUGGCACACAGGUAAUGUGAUCUGGAACUUUUUUGUCAUGGAUCCUUUUGUACAAUUUGUACUUCUGUACAAAACACAGGGGGAAAAAAAACACAUCUUACAUCAAAUAAGUAACUCGAUAUCCUAUAUCUGUGUCCAAAAUGCCAUAUAAGGAACGUUAGGGGAAGUUGAUGGCACGUUAAAGGCAGGGGUGUUUCCAACAGCACCAGUCCAGUGUGGCUUGUUGUGAACCUUUGCAUGCUGGUCAUCCACAAACCACAUAAACACCAUGACUUCUCUCCUGCUUGGAGCAGCGCUGCUGGGCAACUUGGGCAUCUGUGUCACAGCACAAGCCAUACUCCCUCGACCCACCCAGGUGAGGUUCGACUCAGUAGACUAUAAAAACAUCCUGAACUGGACUCCACCCACCACGAACUCUUCUCUGCAGUACAACGUCCAGUGGAAGAUUUAUGGCGAGCCUGAGUGGAUCGAUGUGCCAGACUGUCAGAGGAUCCGGAAGCACCACUGUGACCUCAGCGAAGUGACCUCUGAGCCCAGAGAGUGGUACUACGCCAGAGUUGGUGCUGUGUCUGUGGCCACCAGCAGCAAAUCAGCCUGGGCCCUCUCCCCCAGAUUCAGCCCACGGUGGGACACCAAAAUCAGCCCCCCUCUGCUGAGACUGAAUGUAACCGAACAACCAGCCAUUGUGGUCCGAGUGAAGCCCCCCCGAGAGCUGGUCCGGAAGCUGCACAGCAAUUUGUACUACAAGAUCUACUUAAUACACCCCAGUGGAGAAGAAGAGGUGUUUGACAUGAAGUGCUGUUCUCACAAGCUGACUCUGAAGGGCCUGAAUCACAGAGAAGAAUACUGCCUCCAAGCUCAGAUCGUCCUCCCUCUGCAGGGCAAGAACAGCGCCCGCAGCUCUCUGAAAUGCGUCACUACCCUCUGACAACACAGCGUCGGCCAUCCCUUCAGCUUUAAAUCUCCAUCGCUACCUCGACGGCCACAGCCACUCACAUCCAUGCCGGUAAAAGUGAUGCACUUUAUUGUAUAAAACAUUAAAGGUCUCAUAUGAAGGCAAACUUUCACCUUCACCGGAAGAGGAUUGCUUUUGUUUUUUUAAACUUAAGAGUAUUUUUUUAAAAUUUUUUCUAUUCAUGGCAAAAUAUUCUGAACUCAAGAGCCACCCGGUAGAUUCAUCUACUGAUCGCAGCAGUUUUUUUUAUCUAACGGGCAGUCAAAAGUGGUGACAGGCAGCUUUUCCUCUCCAUAAAUCAUUAAAAAAACAAAAAAAAUGCAAUCUGGUGUGCUCAUUCACACGUGGUCAAGAUAUAAUAUUUUCAACUUAUGUCUGUUUCCUCAUUCCUCUCGCAUGCAGGAUCAGCGAAUGCUGCUUUAACGUCUUUAAGAGAGCUUUUUGUAAAGAAAAAACUGCUAAAAGAAAACUAUGAGAAUGUACUGUGCCAAAUGUAUCACACUACAAAUAAAAUCCACUGUUGAAAUUGACCUCUGUCCUGUAAGUUCGACCCUUCGACCCUUUUUGUACAAACAGUAAAGCUGGUGGUGUUUUCGCAGUUUUCUUAUUGUCUUCUCCUCUUUGUAUUUUAUUUCCUACAAAUGUAUAGUGUUACGCCUAUUUGUGCAGUCAUGAAUAUAUAGUUGUUUUUUUAUUAAAGCUCAGUAAU